AAAAUGGAUGGAGGAAAUCAGUCUGUAAUGUCAGAAUUUGUGCUUCUGGGACUUGGCCACUCAUGGGAUAUGCAAGUCUUACUCUUCAUGAUAUUUUUGAUACUUUACCUGAUCAUUGUGUCUGGAAAUGUUGUGAUCAUGACCUUAAUCAUCACUGAUCCUCAUCUGCAUUCCCCCAUGUACUUCUUUCUGGCCAACCUGUCUUUUGUUGAUAUGUGGCUUUCUUCAAACACCACUCCAAAGAUGAUUGCAGACUUUCUCAGGGAGAAGAAGACCAUUUCCUUUGCAGGCUGCAUGUCCCAGAUCUUCUUUUCCCACUUCAUUGCUGGGCUUGAGAUGGUGGUACUGGUGAUAAUGGCCUAUGACCGCUAUGUGGCCAUCUGUAAACCACUGCACUACUCUACCAUUAUGAGCCUGCACAGGUGCAUUGGGCUGGUGGUGACUGCCUGGACUGUGGGCUUUGUGCAUGCCAUGAGUCAGAUUGUUGUGAUUGUGGAGCUGCCAUUUUGUGGCCCUAGGGAAAUAGAUAGCUUUUUCUGCGAUAGACCACUGGUAAUUGAUCUAGCCUGCAUGGAUUCCCAUACGUUGAAAGUUUUAAUGAAUGUUGACUGUGGGGUUGUAGCCAUAACAUGCUUUAUCCUCUUGCUGAUAUCCUAUACAUAUAUUCUUGUUACAGUAUGCCAAAAUUCUAAAACUGGUGCAUCCAAGGCCCUAUCCACCUGCACUGCUCACAUCACUGUGGUGGUACUCUUCUUUGGGCCCUGCAUAUUCAUCUAUGUGUGGCCACUCAACAUCACAUGGAUGGACAAAUUUCUUGCUGUGUUUUACUCCAUUUUUACACCUUUACUCAAUCCAGCCAUUUAUACACUGAGAAAUAAAGAGAUGAAAAAUGCCAUUAAGAGAUUUGGAAACUACUAUGUGGAUUUCAAAGGAAAUAAUUAA